AUGCACUCGCUUCCUCUCACCCCCACACCCGACACCCUCAGCUUCUUUACCGUCUACAUGUCGCACCACAUCAAGCCACAAUCGGUCGACUCGUACCUCUCGGGCAUCUGCAACCAGCUCGAACCUUUCUACCCAGACGUCCGCAAGAACAGGAAGCACCCCCUCAUUGCGCGCACCCUCGCGGGUUGCAAGAAACUUCGCGGUACAGCACCAAAUCGCAAACGCCCCCUUACGCGCGCGGAAUUGGCCGCGCUUCACCCGAAGUACGCCGCCAGCAGCAGUCACGAUGACAUGCUGUUUUGGAGCCUGCUUCUCACCGGCUUCCAUGGCCUCCUCCGCCUCGGCGAGCUCGUCUGCCCGGACCGCGAGGACCUCCGCGAUUAUCGCAAGAUUGUCCGCCGCGUAUCCGUCAAGAUCAACCCACAAUCGUUCGAGUUCUUCCUACCCUGGCACAAAGCCAAUCGCCUUUUCGAGGGUAACCACAUCCUCAUUACGGGAACCAAUACUGGUGACGAUCCCGUGGCGCCGUUCAAGCGCUACAUUGCUUACCGCGAUGCCCUUUUCCCCUAUCAUCCUGAACUCUGGCUGCGUGCCAAUGGGCACGUUCCGACCCGCGGCUGGUUCCUUCGCAGACUCAAAGUGCACUUCAAGGACAAUGUCGCCGGUCACUCCUUGCGCUCGGGCGGCGCAACGGCUCUUGCCGAGGCCGGGUACCCAUCCUCCCUCAUCCAAGAA